CAGUUGAGUUAGUCCUCAGCUGCUUUUUUGUUUUAAUAAUCUUUACCACCUACGACGACAAAGAGAAAGAGAAAGCUUGAGAAUAUAAUAAAAUCCUCUUUAUUAUUCAAAAAAGUCAUCACCAAACCAAAGCAUUGCCCAAAUCUCAGUCUCUCUUUCAUUGUCAUUGUGUGUGUAUGUUUUGAAAAACAAAAAAUGGCAGCCCUAAUGUACCAAAUAUUCUCAUCAUCGGCGUUGGUAUCAUUAGGGCUAUACCAUCUGAUCAGCACCACGAGAAACUACCUCAAAUCUCCACAACCGUCCUACUUUGCCAAACCCUUCCACCCUUUCCCUCACAAUCGCCUCAGACACCUUCAACUCUACCUCCUCAUCCUCUGCCUCAUCAUCGCUUUCGCUCACCAACUCCUCCUAUCUGCCGAAUCCGACCCACUCGUCAAAGGCCACACCCCCGUCCACCGCUUCACUUCCCUCCAAUCCGCCGCCGUCCUCUUCCUCUUCCUCCUCCUCUCCGUCUCCCUCCUCCUCUCCGACUCCCCUACCUCCCUCCUCCCCCUCCCUCCCGAUCUCUUCUUCGCACUCGGCUCCGCCGUUUUCUUCUUGCAAUACUCCGUCUCCUCCACCGCCGCCACCGUCCAGACCUCCGAUCUCCAAGCCAACUGCGACACCAUCUCCGCGCGAAUCUCCGCUCUCAUCUCUCUCCUCUGUCUAAUCCUCGCCUGCCAGCCCAGGCUCUUUGUUGCCGAUGUGGGACUCGGGGCUGCUUUCUGCUUGCAAGGCCUUUGGGUUUUGCAAACUGGGUUGUCUCUCUACGUCGAGGCUUUUAUCCCUGAAGGGUGUCAUGGUUUGCUUGAUGUGGUGAGUGGCGUAGAAGGGUCGACUAAGUGCGAGCUCGAGGACUCGAGGUUGCGAGCUGUGGCUCUUCUGGAUCUGGUGUUUCUGGUUCAUGUGAUGUUUGUCGUGUUGAUUGCGAUGGUUACUUACGCCGUUGUUGCGAAAACCGUCGGAUUCGGAGAUUGGGGUCUUAUGAGGCCUUGCCUACUGCUGCUGUUGAUAACAAUCAUAUUCAGAUUCAGAUGAAAGCUAUGACUGGCACCCAGGCUUGAUUUUUUGUCUUUCUUUUUUUUUUUUUUCUUUUUUUAAUUUAAUUUUGCUUGGUCUAGCUGCAGUGUUGUGUAUACAUUACAAGAACAGUCACUUUUUUUUUUGGUUUAAUAUGUUGUCUCUGACUGUUAAGUCUGUUUUACCUCUUUAUUGCUAGAGAUAUCUCAGUUUACCCGCACAUAUUGUUUGAAUUA